AUGAUAAUUACCUGGGUCACCCUCGGACCCAUCAACCAUACCUUGCUAGAUCAGGUUCUUGACAGCCUGGAAUCCAUCGCGAAGGUCAAGACGCGAGCCAUCCUGCCCAGCGAGCAGUGGUGUCAGGAAAGUGAGGCUGGAUGUGAGGAAGAUGAGGGUGCACUAGCUAGGUCCUGGUUCUGGGUUGGUGACUUCGAUCUGGACUUCCUCGAGGUUUUCGCCGGGAUGGGCCAUGUCUCCCAGUGCCUGAGACAGGACUGGAGUUUGGCAAUCAGGUCCAGAGCUACGAGUGGGAGGAACGAAAUCAAUCCGAAUGGCAAUACUGGCUAUGGGUCGGUAUUCGAGGCCAAGUGGUACAUGGGAUUCUUUGGCCAGCUGAGCUGCAAGCGCCAUAUCGGAUAUAGCAAUGCCCGGACAUACCCUCGGAGAUUCGGCUUGCUGUUGGCAGACUAUUGGCGCACGAACCAGGACAGUGAGGAUGAAUUGGAGGGCCCCAGAAUGUCCACUGAUGUUGACAUGUCGAAGACGGACUUCGAGCUGUUCCUUCCUCUUCUCAGAUCGACAACUGUUGCAGAGUUUGCAGAGGCCGACCUCCUGUCAUGUGUCAAGUAUCUGCUUCGCAGCAAGAGCAUCCACUUUCCUGGCCAGUGGGAUACCUGGGCUUGGGGCAAGCUUGUUCGUGAUGGCAUCAAAGCUUUGAAGGUGCAUAAGGCCGAGGAGAGGGAGAAGACCAAAGCCAAGGGCAACAAGAGUUCCUCGAGUGAGCCGCAGGACACUGAGGAGGAUGAGCCAAAGGGUGUGACAAUUGCCCCCAAAGCCCGUGCUACCAAGCCCAAGAACAAAGCCGAUAAGGCCAGGAAGGCUGAGGAGCCAGCUGAGGAUUCCAAGCAGGGUGGUCGUGGAAAGAGCAAGAAAGCGCGAAAGGCCGAAGCGGUUCCCGAGGAGGAGCCAUCAGAGGAUGAGGAGGCCAAGCCCCGGCGUGCAAAGGCGAAGGCUCGAAAGCCCGAAGCGGUUCCCCAGGAGGAGCCAUCAGAGGAUGAGGAGCCCAAGCCCCGGCGAGGUGCAAAGGCGAAGGCUCGAAAGCCCGAAGCGGUUCCCCAGGAGGAGCCAUCAGAGGAUGAGGAGCCCAAGCCCCGGCGUGCAAAGGCGAAGGCUCGAAAGCCCGAAGCGGUUCCCGAGGAGGAGCCAUCAAAGGAUGAGGAUCCCAAGCCCCGGCGUGCAAAGGCGAAGGCUCGAAAGGCUGAAGCGGUUCCCCAGGAGGAGCCAUCAGAGGAUGAGGAGCCGAAGCCCCGGCGAGGUGCAAAGGCGAAGGCUCGAAAGGCCGCAGCGGUUCCCGAGGAGGAGCCAGAGGAUGAGGAGCCCAAGCCCCGGCGAGCGAAGGCGAAGGCUCGAAAGGCUGAAGCGGUUCCCGAGGAGGAGCCAGAGGAUGAGGAGCCGAAGCCCCGGCGAGGUGCAAAGGUGAAGGCUCGAAAGGCUGAAGAUGAGGAAGAGCCCAAGCAGCCGCAGAGUGCAAAGUCAGCAAAGAAGGCCAAGCACAACAAAGGCAAUCCGUCACCCAGCAAGAGCAUCGAAACGCCACCAAAAGUCCGUUUGAGCAGCAAGAGCAAGCCCACCAAAAGGCGAAAGCUAGCACAGGAUGAGGACACCGUCGCCGCUGAUUCGGAUGCUGAGAGGUUGGCGGAAGUGCAGGCAAUGCUGGAUGAAAUCGACAGGGUGAGUGAGGCCAGAUCGGCAAGCAAAGGCAAGGAGGAGGAGGAUCCGUUUCCGGAAACCUUAGUGGAUCCUGCCCCACCAAAGGAGCAGCAGCAGGACGAGGAGGAGCCACAGGGAGACAAGGAACCCGAGGAGGAUGAGCCACAGGGAGACAAGGAACCCGAGGAGGAUGAGCCACAGGGAGACGAGGAGGAUGAUCCACAAGGAGACGAGGAACUCGAGGAGGAUGAGCCACAGGGAUUGGUGGCGCCGCCAGACCAUUUCGAGCUCCCCGUCACCGUUGCCGUGCAUCCUCGGGGUGCUGUUAUGGAGAAGAACGGCCUUAUCCAAGACAUCAUGGCCGAUCCUUCUUUGAAGCUAGACCUGCUGCCCUCACAGACCUUAGCGAGCCACAUCCUUGAACGGGCGAACAUUGUUAUCCGGGGCCUGAGUCCCAGUGCUUACUUCAAAAUCGGUCAUGUGCUACUUUCAAAGCAGGGCAAGACGGGCUACAGGAUCGACUUCACCUCGCCGGGCAUGCCCAGCUCCAGCGUGAAGACACGCUCACGGACCUUUCGGAACUUCUCAGAUCGCUAUGAGCACGAAAUCUCCAAUAUGCUCUCGCGUAUGGACCGCCUUUUGCAGCAAAAGGAAGCUGCAGCAACGACCACGAAGACAGCUGCACCGACGACGAAGACAGCUGCAACGACAGUGAAGCCUGUGCCCACGCCAGCACGUGCUAGCUCGAUGCCUGCGAUUGUGGACAAGGCACGGGCGCAUCAGUCCGGCAAGUUCGCGAGCUGCCCCAACAUCAGCCAGCUGAUGGAUGGCUCCCUCACCGAUCGAAACAAAGCCCUACGAGAGUGGGUAUGCAAGGGCGGCAACAUUGAUGCCAUGGAGUCGUCUCUGGAGAUGCAUCGGCAGGAAUCCCUAAAGGUCUUGAAUCGCUUAUCUGGCAGGUCGCUCGGAUUCGGGCAAGAACCGUCGAGCUCCGUCUACAAGGGGGCCGGCAAGAAGCGCGGCCAGUUCCGUUGUGCAGCCGUGAAGAAGGAAAUCGGGCAGCUGAGCAAUAUGAUCAUCGAUAUGUCGCAGGCUGAUAGCCCGGACCUGCUGAAAUCCCUGAAAGCCCACGAUGCGAAAAUGAAGGCUUUCAGCUUGAAGCUGGGUAUGACAAAGGCCGGUGAGAAGUUCGAUGGUCUAUGCGAGCAGAUCCACGAGGAGGCAAGCCUUCCUCCAGCUCUGGAUCCAAGGCUACGAGUGAUCGCAAGGGCACUGCUCGAGGAGGAUUUCGUGGAGUCCAUGUACCCAUCGAGCGCUGAUCUGCAUUCUUACUGGGCCCAACUGCUGCUUGACUUCCCUGACCAUUGGCUGAAGAACAAGCGAAAGCUUUGGAGCUACACAAUCCCCAUAGUCCUUUGGGGUGACGAGGGGACUCCUGACCUGUCGGUAUUCCGUGAGCACAGCAAAGCAUCUCGUUAUAUGAUCUACUCGCUUCUGGCCAGCAGAUACUUUGUGAAUGGCAAAACCAAUGAGACCCUCCAGCACCUGAACGCUGCAGUGGUCAAGGACAUCAACGAAGAGACCUAUUAUUUUGUUCCGGUGGCUUUUCGUGGAGAUCUCAAAUAUUUGACCCAAUGCUUCAACUUCGUUCGCAACGCGAGCUCCCCGCAGGUAUGCUUCAAGUGUUUGGCAUCGAGAUCCGAUCCGGGCAUGCUGUACACCGACAUCAAUGUUGAUGCUCCCUGGACAACGACCGAAUAUUCCCAUGAGCCCUGGGUGGACCGUCCGGCUUUUGCAUUUAUCGAUGGGUUUGAUCUUCAAAUGGUGCAAGUGGACUGGAUGCACACGUGGUCGCUGGGGGUGGCACGAGACAUCCUUGGAAGUGCCAUAAAACUGAUGUGCAGAGACACAUCGAUUUAUGGAGGACCCACGAUUCCAAAGCGGCUAAAUGAACUCUUCAAAGAUCUGAAGAUCUACGCAGCUGCGACUGGAAAAACUGUGGCAAUGAAGCGGCUUCGGAAAAGCUCGCUUCACUGGAAUCGUGGCUGCCCGGAACUACAUUGCAAGGCUGCGGAUGCCUCGACCUUUAUGUCAUUCGUGCUGAAGAAGCUGGAGGAGUCCCCAUUGCCGGGGCCAUACGGAGGCUUGCUUGGCAUGGUUUGGGCUGCCGACGAGUUGAGCCGCUGUGCCAUGAGUUCCGGUGUGUUUCUGACGAUGGAGCAGCAACGACACCUACGUGUGGUGGGCGAUGUUUUCCUGAGCUCCUAUUGUGCACUGGCCACAAUAGCAUGCGACAGAGGGGAGUACUACUUCAAGCUGCGACCAAAAUUUCAUCAUUUGAUCCACAUGCUGAGAGACAAGCGACCGAGCAAACGAUCGCCGGGGUGGGACAACUGUUAUAUGGACGAGGAUCAUAUCAAACACUGUGUGCGCAUCCUGCGCAAAGUAAGCCACCGAACGGCAGAACAAUCUUUGCUUAAAAGAAAUGCUGUGCAGGCGAAACAGGCCCUGCUGGAGUGCUUGCUGCCCAAGUGA